AGGCAGGCGGUGGGGGCGGAAAUAAGUGUGAAAGGAAAGAGAGGAAACUCACUUUUUGAAUCCUGCCUCACUUUGCCUGGGCAGCCCAGGAACAACUUUGCAGGGCAACGGAGCAUGUGACCAGUGGGGCCAAACUGACCCAGACAGGACGCUGGGAAACAGGCAUCAGGAAGACUGCCUGGGCGUCCACUGAGGGGCCUGGGGAAGGUGUCCAGAACAACGUGGAGCCCAUCGGCUCCCUGCCCCCAGUGUGGGCCCACCACACGUUUUUCUCUUGCAUGAAAAUUUACUAAAUGUGGAGUCUUGGCCAUCCACACCAUUAGGAUGGAAAGAGCUGAGUCUAUGACCCUCUUCUGGAGCCUGGGAGCUGCAGCUAACUCGGGUCGGGAAAAUGCGACAGCGACUGCCCACUCGAGGUCGUCAUGGCGACAGCCAGUGAACGUGUUCCUCUCCUCAGGCAGGCCCCCGAGUGUAGAGGAGCUGCUUCGCGAGGCGCAGCUUAAUCUCCAGAGCCGGUUGCAAGAAGAAUAUGAGGAACAGUACUCGAAGGCCAGACUGCUGGGGCAGACCUUCCGCUCUGCUGAUGAGGCCCCUGAGCCCACCCCUAGCCCAAGGCCCCAGUCUGCCAGGCGUCUGGAGUUUGUGUUGAUGCCUACAAAACAGCAGCUGAACGAGGAUGAGACUACCACCCAGGGUGUGAGGGCCCCUGAGGCCUCCCUGAGCCUGUCUACCACGGCCGACAAGCAAGUUGCCUGGAAUAGCCCCUUCCCUCUGCCCAUCCUAGAGGAGAAGCGGUGGCUUCAGCCUUGCUCCACGCACUCUGACAUUGUGCCCAUCAACAUCUCUGGGCAGCAGUUUGAUAAACAUGCAAGUUUGCGACACUCAUUGUUUAAUACAGAGACAGCCGUGAACCCCAAGUCCACCCUGAGGCGGAGGCGGACCAUUAUUGGAUUCUCUAACUUUUCCCAGCGAGACCAAGGUCACAGCAACAGCCCCACAGGCAAGGUGGCUCGCUCAACCAGCUCAGACAUCAAGCACAGUCAUUCCGUUCCAGAAGGCGUUCAUGGAAGAGUUGCAGUCAGUCAGGAAGUUCAUUUCCCAAAUCUCAGUUCACCAGUACUGAGAAAUCCUUCUAGUGAUCUGGAAGAACCUCUCCAGGUGCGUGGUGGCACCAAGCCUCCUGGCAUGGAAAGUGUGGGAAUGGUAUAUAGUGUCCCCAGUUCUUGCAAUGGACCAACAGAAUCUACAUUCUCUGCUUCCUGGAAGGGAGAUGCCUUUACCUAUAUGACUCCAAGUGCCACCAGUCACAGCAAUCAAGUCAAUGAAAAUGGAAAACCUCCUUCCUCUGGGAAUGCAUGGGUUUCUGUGCACACACUGCCACCUCUGGUUCCUAAGGAGGCUGCCACCGUCUUUGUCAUUCGUGAUAACCCAGCAGGAUGCAGUGGAUCAGCUGGCUAUUCUGAACACCCUAUGCAACGAAGGCAAGUAUUGGAGCGACCCUUCAAGAUUGGCCUUCUGACUGGUGGUGGUACCUCAAGAAUGGAGACAGGCCCAGGUGGGGCCAGCAGGUUCCGGGAGCGGUCAUUGUCUGUGCCCACAGACUCAGGCACCACAGAUGUGGACUACAAUGAAGAGCAGAAGUCCAGUGAAGCCUGUGCCCUGCCUUAUGCCAGUACAAGUUCUGAGGGCAGUAACAGUGCUGACAACAUUGCCUCCCUUAGUUCCCAACAGGAGGCCCAGCAUAGAAGGCAGAGAUCCAAGAGUAUCUCACUCAAGAAGGCUAAAAAGAAGCCUUCCCCACCAAUGCGCAGUGUCUCGCUGGUCAAAGAUGAGCCAGAAGGUGGGUCAGCACUACCCAAGGAUCAGAGGCCCAGGAGCCUUUGCCUCUCCUUGGAACACCAAGGACAUCACUCAUCCCAGGGUCACCCAGCUGUGCCUACCUUCAAAGACCCAGAAGGUACACAAUUCUCCCACCAUUGGUAUCUUACUGACUGGAAAUCUGGUGACACCUACCAGUCCUUGUCCAGCUCCAGCACUGCCACUGGCACCACGGUCAUUGAGUGUACUCCAGUUCAGGGCAGCUCAGAGUCUCUUGCCUCCCCUUCUACCUCCAGAGCUACAACACCUUCACAACUCUCCAUCGAGGUAGAAGCCAGGGAGGUACCCUCCCCAGGAAGACCCACUGGGCUGAUGUCACCCUCCAGUGGAUACUCCAGUCAGUCGGAGACACCAACACCCACUGUCUCCAUGUCCUUGACCUUGGGCCACUUGCCCCCUCCGAGUGGCAGUGGUCGGGUGCGUCCAGUGGUACCUGAGAGGAAGUCAUCACUACCCCCAACUUCGCCAAUGGAAAAAAUUUCCAAGUCACGACUAUCAUUUGACCUCCCACUGACCUCGUCUACCUAUCUGGAUCUGUCUGGGAUGAGUAUCUCUAUCCGAAGCAAAACCAAGGUGAGCCGGCAUCACUCAGAUACAAAUUUUGGGGCCAAGCUGCUCCAGAAAACUAGUCCCAAUCAGCCAAUCAUGCCCAUGGUUACUCAGUCUGACCUACGUUCUGUUCGCCUGAGGUCAGUCAGCAAAUCUGAGCCAGAAGAUGACGUUGAGAGCCCUGACUAUGCUGAGGAAUCAGGAGGAGAAGUCUUCACUUUGCCAGAGAGAAAGAUGAAACCUCCCAUAGCUGAGAAACCCCCGCUGGCCCGAAGACCUCCAAGCUUGGUCCAUAAGCCACCAUCUGUCCCUGAGGAGCACUCUCUCACUUCACCUACAUUGGCUAUGACCCCUAAGAGCUCAAUUCAACACAUGAGGCCACUCCCUCCAGACAUCUACACCGUGGUACAGAAACCAAAGUCUUUCAGCUUCCCUGAGACCAGAAGCCCAGGGGAGUCAACAGCAUCAUCAUCUGUUGUUUUCACACCUUUUGCCAGUUCCUCUGGUGUCUUCUGCUCAGGAACACAGCAACCUCCCCAGGGAAGCACAGAGGAUGAGGGCUCCAAGGUAAAAGCUCUGCCUGAAAGAAUUAGUCUCCAGAGCCAGGAACAAACUGAGAAGAAGAAAGGCAAGAUUCCACCUCCUGUACCAAAAAAGCCCAGCAUUCUCUACCUGCCUCUAACCUCACCUACAGCUCAUGUGGAGGCCUACGGGGCUGAACCAAGGCUGCCUGUCAGCCCCAUCAUCACCCUGGAGGAAGAUGCCAAGUGUCCCCCAACCAGUGACCACCUGCAAUCACCUGGUACAAGGACCACUUCAACACCACAUGCUGAUGGUGAAAGGGAGGCAAGCCCUCUGGGGAGUACCAUGGAAUCCAGCACCGAAGAGAAAAGUGUUAUCAGUGAUAAAACAGCUGAAUGGAUUGCAGAAGAUGAUGAUGACGUGUUUGUGGCUUCACGCACAACUGAAGAUUUAUUUACUGUGAUACACAGGUCCAAAAGAAAGCUUCUUGGCUGGAAGGAGCCCGGGGAGGCCUUUGCCGGAGGCAGCAGACCGAGCUCCUACUCACCAAUAAGGAACACAGCUGAUCCUCCAAUUAGUGAGUCAGCUGCCUCUGCAGGGUCAAGUGGCAGUGCCAGUCUAGAUGCUGGCAGAAAUGAUGAUUUCAAGGCCUUGCUACAGAAGAAGGGAAGUAAGGCAACUCCAAGGUCCCGCCCCUCAGCAGCUGAACUGCUGAAGACCACUAACCCACUGGCUCGGAGAAUUAUCGCACAAUUUUCAAAAGACUACGACACCACCGAUAGCCCCAGCACCUAAGCCCUGAGUUAAUCAGGUAGGGUACUAAACUUGAGUAGAAAAGGGGGAAGAGAAAAGUUUUUAAAAAGAAACCAUGAACAUAUCAAAAGAGCCUACACUUCUUUUACUUUAACUCACAUUUUGGACAGCAGGAGAGAGACCACUUUAUCUAGAAUUAAAGUCAUCAGGCACUUUAAUCAUGCUCAGACAUUUUACGGUUUCAUACUUAACAUCUUGCCAUUACUGACUAUGGAUCUUCUCCUUACCUUAUUUCCCGCCAGUGGUAUGCACUAAGAAGAAAUUCUCAGAUACAAGGACACAUGCCAUCUUUUAAAACAAUGACCGGCUGCUCCACCCAUGGCUCCUGUCACUGAGGGGCACAGUGUGAGAGCAGACUGAGGGCUGCCAAACCUGGGGACCUGGGGAGCCAUUGCUGAUACAUUUUCCUGGUGAGGCCUUGAUGACUUUGUGGGAAAACAGGAAGACUCUGAUGCCUCUUCAACCAUGGUGUAGCUCUCUCCCUCUAGAGGUUUGCAGGUGUGCACUUACUUCGGCAUGGGGUUGAUUGUAUGGCUUUUGUGAAAAAUAUGAAUGUUACUCUGUCCUGAACUUCAUGCCUUCUGCAGUUUGAUUGUCUACACGGUGAUCAGGGUGAUGAGUUUCAACAACAUACAGAUCCUUCCCCCAACCCCUUAGCUUGAAAAGGUCAGGGUCAAGUUGCUUUGUAUGAACCAAGCUCGGCCAACAAACAAGGCAGUCAUUUGUUCACUCUGAUCUCGUCAAGGGGACUUGCACUCUCGCCUUCAGAUCCUUCAAGUGUCUGUCAACAGUGAUAGCUAGGAUCUGUGCCCAGCUUAUGCUGCAUUCGAAGAACUCUCAUAUCAUUUGCAUAUAACAUUCAUUACAGGAAGUAAUUAGCUAAAGGAACAGCAUCAUGAAAGGCUCAAGGAGGAGAGAAAGUAAGUUUGUGGUUGGCUUUGUUUUGUUUAAAGGAAGUCUUAUGAUGGUCUAAAACUGAGAACGUAUAGACUAAAAGGAUAUAUCCAGAAUCUAAAAGGCAGCCUUGCAAGUUGCUAUGGCCCAUAACACACGCAAAAAAAAGCCUACUUUUUGCCAUUUAGCUUAUGCUGUUUGACCAACUUUCUGUUAACCAUGUGGGGACAGAGGGUAAGAACUGGGCAAAUGGGUUGCUGACGGAGCCUCGGAACAAUCAUUGGGAUCCCUCCAGCCCCACCUCAAAGCUUAUAGGCACUAACUGUUCUUGUCAGUUCAAUUUCCUAAUCAAAGCAAGAGCAGUGAUUCAUUGGAUUUUCAUAUGUCUGGUUUCGGGGGUGGGAACAGACAAAGCACUGAAUAAAGAAAACUGGCUGACCAGCAAUGGAGGGGUAAUUGUUCACCAUCUCUUAGGGAAAAAGAAGCCACAUGCAAUUGUAGACUGUUCCACAAAGAGGGUUCCCAGACCCCUUCCUCCUUCACCCCCCUCUACCCAAUAGAUUCAUUGGUCAGCCUCCUGGAAGAUGCAGAAACUGCCCCAGAGACAAGCAGAUCUUGAUUUUGAUAGGCUAUGUUACUCACCAAUGAGAAGCAAGCUCUUAACACAACUGCCCACACUCCAGGGGACAGAGCACCUAAAAAACCACACUGGGUGCUGAGAAGAUUUAAACCUCUCACACAGAAGCCCUAGGCCUAGGCCCUUGGUUGGUACAGUUCUGAAUUCUAGACUUCUGAGUAUGGGCCAGACCCACAUACUCCCUUGCAAUCAGCACUUUCCCCGAUUUAGACAGAAGCCACUUAAAAUAAUAAACAGCAAAAUUCCAGGUGCUUUUGAAGGUAUUCAAAUUAUUUGGUUUAAAAGACCUGACCUAAUUUCAGGGGUUUUACCUGAAAUCAAAUAUAUUCAUUUCUGGCCUUAAUUUAUAUAUGAAUGCCACCCUUGUCUGUCCCAGACUCAGAAUUCCAAAAGACGUAAACAUCUUGCUCAGUAGGAAAGUGAAGGAGAGUUUGUGCUUUUGCCUAACAGAGGUAAAAGACAGCCAGGUCCUUCUCCUUGGAAACCAUUAAUAACAGCUGAACUCUAAAGCCAAGUAUGAGACUCAUGCAGUAUAGGACUUAUUAUUUCUGCUGAUUUUUCUGAAAGCUUCUUGUUUGCUACUUCUAGUGGGGUUUGCCUCUCCCCUCACCUUGCUACCUCUGGUGGUUUCCCCAAAAGAUUCUAAGCUGAAUACCCAGACACCUGUAUAUUUUUCAAUUACCUUGAGUCUUACUUUCCUCUACAACACUCUGUAUGCCUGGAAUUUUGAGAACAUCUUCUACAUCACUGUGACCCUCAAAUGCCCAGUGGUGUUCCCAUUAGCACAUGAGGAUUUCAGGCAGAGAUUGUGUGGUUAGAGGUAACAUGGAGGACUAGAAAUAUUCAUUUAAUGUUUUGCAAGAGGUGGACCUAGUUCCCAACAAACAGCAACCAAACUGUUUGAUUUCUACCAAUCAUCAAUGAACAUAACAGUGAACAUCUUUCCUACUCGUAACACUCAACCUCUCUCCUCCCCUUGAUUAUCAUAACACCAACUCUUUCUCCCACCCAGGCACAAACCACAGUAUUUGCUGCCUUCUGCACCUACUCUGCUGAGACUGGAGAGGAGAGGCUGAGAGCCCCUCCAGAAAGGCUUUCAGAGAACCUACUACUGCCACCAUUACUAUUAUGAGUAAUAAUGAUAACAAUUUCUGAAGGUGGAAUACAGAAGAGGUGCAAGUGACAUGAAGUUGGCCCCAGGAGGUCAGCUUCCAUUCAAGUUGUUUCUGUCCCUUUGUUUCCUCUGAUUCCAACCAAUAUCAGCAGGCAGUCCAGUCAAGAGUGCAGGAAGUCAUCCCCAGGAGAGGUUAAUCGGUAGUUAAGAGUGCUUUGCUCUUGGUGGGUAUUCAUUACAUAUUUGUGGUUCAGAUGUUGAGGCUAGAGGGCAAGUCAUUCUCAGCAUAACAAGAAGCUUUGCUGGUGUCCCCUCUCCUUUGCCUGCCUCAGUCUCUCUCCUGAGACUUCCUCCUGGCCCCAACUUGCCCCUUAGCCACAAUCCCUGUGAACUGCAGCUGUAGUUGACAACUCACCCUUGAAGGAGGCAAGAGCAAGGCAGCAAAUUAAUUCAUGUUAGCUUAAUGACCACAGACUGACCAAUUGAUCUGGAGACAUCACCUUGAAUGUGCAAAGACAGAGGAGAUUCAACAAGCAUGUUACCAAACAUCCAUUUUAACUGUAGACAACACGGUUUGGAUCUUGGUCCCACUGUACCUAUCAAUCUGAGCAGAUUUCUCCACGCACCUGCCUUCUUCCUCACAAAUGCACUCUUCCCUAAAAAGAUGAGCUCAUAGUCAGUGCUCUUUUCCUUACCAGUGCAGCCUUUCAGUAGCACCAAGUGUGUAACACAACGGUGAGCUUUCAGUUUAAUAUGAUUUGCCAGGGCCAGGCCUGGAGUGAGGUAAGUGAGGCGUGUGGGGUGCAACAUUUAAGAAGGCGCCCACUCUCAGGGCUGUGCAAGUGCCUUACCCUUGUCCUGGCUCUGUGAUUUGCACUCCAUAAAGUACUAUCAGUUUAUCUUCUUCCUAAGAACAAGUAUGGUUUUCUGACUUUGGGGGCAACUCCCUGCCUGUUGUUGCACCAGAUAUUUUUAUUGUCAUCUGUUUUUCCACUACUCUAAACUUUUGUAUGCCUACAUCCGUCAAAGAAUCUUCAUUAUUAUCAGAAAACAUGGUUGCUUUCUAAGUAACCUGCUCCAAGUGGCAAGUUAGUACCCAUUUUAGUAAGGGAUGCCGACAGGAUAGCCCAUCAGCAAAAUAGUGAAUGAGUUGGAGGUCUGGUCAUUGGGAUCCUUGGUCUCCUCUUUCUGCUCCAUUCUUCCCAGACCUUCUUCCCAGCACCAACUCUUCUGAGUGCCUCCUAGUUUGUUCUCUUCCUAGCUAAGAAAAGUGUGCUCUCAGGAAAGGGAUAAAUUCCUUUACUUUGAGGUUAUAAGGCUCAAUGCUACCUCUUUUGAAGGUUGUUUGCAGUUUAACAGGGGAAAAAACCUUAUGCCAAAGGAAUGAAAUUCUACUUGUAGAAUUUUUAGGCAUCAAUUAGUUGCAGAAGUGUUUUUUUUUUUCACCAUGGAAAGGCCAAAUUCCCUGACAGCUAACUCCAGAAUAUGACAAAUACAUUAAUCUCCUGGAAUUAUUAUAGUAAAUUAUUGAUAAUCGAUUCAAUUGUCCUGAUAUCCAGUGCUGUUCAAUACAGCUACAACCAAGGGACUCUCAGAAAUGCUACUAAAAGCCACUAAAAAGGCCUAGAUAAUUCAUAUUGUACAUUAACAUUUUUACACAAAUGAAAUUUAUGAUAUUUAUCAUUCGAGUAAAAACAAUAGAAUUUAAAGAGUUUGUGAAGAUGUGUCCUGUUUGUGAAAGGUGAAAGUGUCCAAUAUUGUCCAAUCAAUGUCAGUCGUCCAGUAUCGGUGGUGACUAUUAAACUUAUUGGAGAUACAAGUUUACUGAACAUGAGCCUCUGCUCCCCGCCAUCUAUGUUUUGUGCUAUCACUUCAGCUUGGUGUGAGGAUGAGACCAGAUCACCCCAAAACCCUUUGUGCGUACUUCAGCUAUAAGUAAUAAGGGAUUUAAACAGACAAGAGAGAGGAAAAGAGGUACAAACAGCUGCCUUUGUCAAAGGGCAACAAAAAUGAUAAUUACUUAAAUAAUGACAUUAAAUUGAAAAAGUUUUAGAAGACUUGGAAACAGAUUUAUAGAGGAAUACACUAGUAAAUGGUUAUAGACACACAUUUGAGACAUUUGUAAUAUGUGUAGCAAAAAGGAGUUUGCAUAGAUAAUGGGUUAUGUGAAAUAGGUAUGUAUUUUGUUCAGCGAAACCCCAAAUCUAAACUAGUGCCUCUCAAAAUAUGGUACCAGGACUAGCAGCAGCAGCAGAAGCCCUGGAAGGUAUGUGGGGGGUGGGGGGUGCGUGUGGGCACGUGCGCAUGCACAUGUGUCUCUUCCAGUGAUGUUACUUCUUCAAGCUCCUGGAUCACUACAGUCACAACUCUCCAAAUGAUUCCAACCUUCCCAUAAUUUCUGCUAUCAUUACAAGUGAUCAGUCUCUGGCUAAGUGAUAUAUAUUGUCAUGUUGUUGUGUGGUGUUAAGAAAUCAUCAGUUUGAAUCAACUACUUACUGUUCUCUAGAAGGGCUCUGGCAGAAGUAUAUUCAAUUUUAAGAUUUUGCCUAAAUAGAAGAAUUUGAUAUCAACAAAUCCUCAAACAAAAUAUGAACUGGAACAACCAGUUAACUCCUCUUAGCCUCUCUUUAAUGCCAAGCUUUAUAGAAAUUUAUUCCUCACGUGGUGUUGAGCUUUUCUAAUGUCCAAUUUUAUAGAAUGUUAUGCAUGCAAACACAGCAUCGUGCUCAUUGUACAAGUCACCCCAAACUCAUUUCCUCCUCUGUAUGUAUGAUGGUGAAGAAAUAUCAAUGUGUAUGUUCUUAUCUCUCCUGAUCAAUUGUAAAUUGCAAAUCUUUCAUUAAUUUUUAAAUGAGAUAUAUUUACUCUGGCUAGUAGUUAAAAUUUUAUUCUUUUUAUUAUAUUUCAUUGCUACUUUUUUCUACUGGCUCCAAAUCUUACUUUGGGGAAUAUUUCUUAUUUCUAGAUUGUUGUAUUUAUCUUAUUUCUAUAUUUAUCUGUAGUCAUGGAAUACUAGAGCUCAAAGGGACCAACUUCUCAUUUUAAAGAUGAGGAACUGAGGCCCAGAAAGGUUAAAUAACUCACCCAAGGUCACACAGUGGCAGAACCCGGCCUCAAUCUCAGGUCUCCUGCCUUUGGGUUCAGUGUUUUUUCAUUUUAAAGCACUACAUUUAUAGAAGACUUACAACUGGCUUCUGCUUUUAUGACACGUGUUUCUCAGAUAUUUCAGUGAAUAUAUACAUAUAUAUAUGAAAAAUGAUCAAGAGUUCUAUAGUUCAUGAAUUCAAAGACAAAUCUGAUUUUCAGUUUAGAAACGUUAAUUUUCCUCCAAAUUCAAUAUACGUGUUCUACUUUGUACAAUGGAUGUUUUCCUUAAAAGUUAUUUGAAAAAUGAAUUUUUUGCAUCAAAUUCCAUUUUUAGGAGAGAAGCUUUCUAUGUAAGGGAAUCUUUUGGUGAUUUCUUUUGAAAAACAAAGAAUCCUCUUGUCAUUGUCCCCUAAAAGCCUCUACUUCUUCUUUUAGUGUGGACUUUUGUAAUUGGUGUUUAUUUAAAGUAGAGCAAGCCAAUAUAGGCUUUCCUAGAAUCUACUUUAUCUUUCCCUUCUUAAAUUUUAUGAGGUUUUCAGACUGUUACAUGCUCAUGAGAUACUUAGUUGCGUCCUAGAAACUGCACCUAGCUUGAUAUUUUGUCAAUCCCUGGGCUCAAAUUCUAUCUUCAUCUUAUCAACAAUAACAGAAUUCUCUAACCAUAUCGAGUUCUGCAUGCAGUCUCUUUUCCAGAACAUUCUUUGCCUAGUGCUCAUUAGUCUAACUCUCUCUAGCUAUUCUUGGGUUUCCCUCUAUAGUUCAUGCAUACCUCAUUAUUCUGUGGAGUUGCAGGCAGUGGCCCUUUAGGGUUGUCUUAGUUGUAUGGAGUGGUAUUUCCAGUAAUUUCCAUUGUUCCCUUUAAUUCUCCUGGACCUUUUUGGUUUCCCUUUUCAGGAAUGCUCAGAGGGUGAUGGUAUUUUCCCCAUCAUUAGACCAGGGGUUGAUAAAUUAUUUUUUUAUAAAGGGCCAGAUAGUAACUAUUUUAAGCUUUGUGGGCCACAUAUGGCCUCAGUAGAAAAUUGUUUUUUGUUGUUUGACCUUUCAAAAUGUGUUUUUACACCUUAAACAUGUAAAUACUAUCAUUAGCUCUUGGGCCAUAAAAGCCACAGGCUGGAUUUGGCCCACUUGUCAUAGUUUGCUGAGUCUUGGUCCAGACUAUCCUCUGAGACUGGCAUUUCUGUGACCUGUCCCAUGUGAUCACUGGUUUGUGUACUGCCUAAUAUGGCUCACCAACUUCCCAUGUCCUGCAUUGUCAGACAAGUCUUCACAGAGGUGGGUGGAGAACGGCUGCUUAUGCCAACCAGUACUCUUCAGUAGGGUGCCCUUUAUGAUCUAUCUAUCUAUCUAUCUAUCUAUCUAUCUAUCUAUCUAUCAUUCUCACUGACUGUCUUGGUGUAGGAACCCUCAUUGUUUUCUCUGGCCCUCUUAUCCAGGUUAGCCAAUGUGCCUCUGCUUCCACGAAUUUAAGGUAAGUUGGUAGGGAAGCAUAGAUUUCUGAGCUUUCUUAUUUUUUUUGUCCCAUCAUUACCCCCAAACUGUGGUUCAUCUGUCUCACUCUGCCUCAUACUGCCAUCACAAGCUUAGGGCUGUCUCUGGAGAGUCUGGUAGCUCAGGCCGUGAGACUCUAGUCCAGUAUACAAUUCCCUAGGAAAAUCCCCAGCUCUCUUGGUUCCAAUGACUGGUUUUAAAACUCAGAAUGCCCACAUGCCCAUUUUCUAAUGUGAUUUGGACCUGUUCUAGACUCAACCCUAGCAAGAAAAACAAGAGUUAUAGAAGGUAUUCUGUGUCCCCAGCUUUCCCCGCCAAAACCUCCUGCCUCCUGGGUCCCUGCCCCAAGGGAUGGGCUCCUUGGGAUGCCCUGGGCAGCACCAAAUCAGCAGGUAUUCAACACACUACCACCUCCUGUUUCCUUCACCUCUAAAAGGAUUUCUUAAAGUUCCUUCACAUCUCUCUCCAUCUUGCUCCAUCUCUAUCUGUAAUGUUAUUACUUGCAGGUCUAAAUCUCAGAGUCACAUGUUCAUAUUUGCUCAUAUAAACAUGAGGAGAAAUGAGUGAAUGACAAGGUGUAUGCCUAUGUGUGCAAACGUGGUUUCUCCAGCUGGACUGUGAAGUCCCCAUUCCCUAAUAUAUGUAUCUCACACACACACACACGUGCACACAUGCCCCAUCCACUGCUCACAGCAGUUCUCUGGUCUAGGUCCAGGUCUGAUGGGGCUGGUCAAGGAGAAAGGGAUUAUGGUGACUCCUGAGGCAUUUCCCUUUUUUCGUCUUUUCCACUGGCUUGUGCUGGCUUCUCCCAAGAAGCCGUUGAAGAAACUCUUCUGUGGCAGUUCUGAACAGGCCAACGCACAGAAAGCUAUGACUUUCAUUCAUUAAGGACUUGGUCACUCAGACAUACCUCUCAGGUUGCAGAUUUUUCUAUCUAAGCAAAUUGCUUCUUAGGAUCUUUAACUUACCAUCUGUCAUUUGAGCCCAGGGAUCUACCCACUCACUGAAAUCUAAGUUUUAAAAAGUCAAAGUUACUUUCAGGAUUUCCUGAUUUGAAAGCAUCCAUGAAACAGUUUCUUUCUGCCUUUUGUUUAGGGUUUCCAGGCUUAGGAAGGGAGCCAGGCUUGUGCCUUUGACUCUAAGGCAGCAAAAAAGCCACACUUGCCAAAAGCAAAAUGAGGAAGGAGGAUUGGCUAGUCCUAUUAUGCAGUCAGGAGAUGGACUUUGGUGAAGUUAGCACUACAGUUCAAUUCUCACUGAGUGCCACCAAUGCACUUAAGGAAAAUAAGGGAGACUGGAAUUUACAAACCAAUAUCCUAAACUGGAAGGCAGAAAUAAGGUAACCCCUUCAGUAAUGAGAAUGUGUCCAUGGAAAAAAAAUUCAAGAAGCAACAGAAACCAAGAAGGAUUGGAAUCCCAGUCUUGUUAUAAUUCCAACACAAAAUGGAAGGGAGCCCUCUGUGGGGUGAUAUUACAAAGGGUUUUUCUAGUCGUUCUUUCUUUCUUUCUUCUUCUUCUUUUUUUUUUUAACAAAACCAUUCCUUACUGGCUUGCUACCAGCAAUUGAAUUGUAUUCUUUA